AUGAUCAAAACAUUGUUUUACACCUUCCUUCAGACAAAAGACGAAGAAGACAACGCCAAUUCAACAGAUUUCAAUCAUCCACUAUGUCCUCAAGAAAUCGAGAUCCGACCCAUAACUCAUUCCCCUUGGGAAAUCAUCAGAACCCUGUCAAUCGAUGAAGUAUGGACCGGAGGCAAGUUCCAAUUUCCACUUGAGCAAAUCUGGAAUGCUAUGCUGAGACACCAACCACGAGAUGUCAUGCCUCUCACAAAUGUGAUGAUUGGUUCUUUCCAAAUACCGGUGAAUGAUCUCGAUACAAACACAUUCCACAGUGUUACAUUGUGGAAGUAUCCGCAUGAAAAUACUUUUGCUAUGCGCGAAUCUUGGAUCGAAGAAUUUGUGAAGAGGAGGAGGCUUGUGGCUGGCAUGGUGGUUGGUAUGUAUUGGGAUUUCGACGCUCAUAUGCUUUGUUUCUCGGUGUUGGAGGGAAGUGAAUGA